AUGUCUGCAGCCGCCUUCCUCGCGGUCGCAUUGGCCCUCCUUUACCGCACAGCCCUCUCAAAUCCAGGCAACGCCACAGGCAAUGACCAUGCCAUAGCAGACAGAGCCGCCGCCCUUUGCGGUCAGCUCCAAGACCACCUCGGUCCCUCUCGGAUCGUGUUGCCGUCCAACCCGGAAUACACGGAAUUGCGUGAGGACAACUGGUCCCAAACAGCGUGGCGGCGACCAUCGUGCAUUGCGAGUUUGAAUGCCACUGCGGAGAUAGCCUCAUUGGUCAGCGUCCUUGCUGACAACCAGAUUGCCUUUGCUAUCCGCUAUAGAGGCCACUCCCCCAAUCCUCAUGAUUCCAACAUCGACACUGGCGUCUUGAUCGCCUUGGCCAACUUUGAUGAGGUAUCUUCCGAUGCCGGAACCGGACUUGUGUCUAUGGGUCCCGGAGCUCGCUGGGAGGCUGUGUAUGGAGAACUAGACAAGUACAAUAGGAGUAUGGUCGGCGGUAGAGUCAUGGACGUUGGCGUCGGUGGCCUCACGCUUGGGUCCGGAUUAUCGUACCUAUCGGACUUGUAUGUUCUGGCGUGCGACAAUGUCGUCAGCUACGAGGAUCUGCUUUAA